CGGCGGCCCUGUCGCGGCCUCGGCGCGCGGAGGCGCUCUCCCGCGCUCGGCCACCCCAGUCGGUCCGUGCAGAGCCGCGUGCGGUGCUCCCGGGUCCUCCGCACCGCCCUGCCGCCUCCAGCGGCCGCAUCUCCCGGUGACAGAAAGCCCAACCCUGUGACCUCUGGAUUCUCGCUUACUGGUGUGCCCCUUUUCUCGUGUUCUGGAUGAUGUCAGAACAGGACCUGGCGGAUGUGGUUCAGAUUGCAGUGGAAGACCUGAGUCCUGACCACCCAGUUGUUUUGGAGAAUCAUGUCGUGACAGAUGAUGAUGAACCUGCUUUGAAGCGCCAGCGACUUGAGAUCAAUUGCCAGGAUCCCUCUAUAAAGUCUUUCCUGUACUCUAUUAACCAGACGAUAUGUUUGCGGUUGGAUAGCAUUGAGGCCAAGCUGCAAGCUCUUGAGGCUACUUGCAAAUCUCUGGAAGAAAAGCUAGACCUGGUCACCAACAAACAGCACAGUCCCAUCCAGGUCCCCAUGGUGGCUGGUUCCCCACUUGGCGCCACCCAGACCUGCAACAAAGUGCGAUGCGUCGUCCCCCAGACUACAGUAAUACUCAACAAUGAUCGGCAGAACGCCAUUGUAGCCAAGAUGGAAGACCCAUUGAGCAACAGGGCACCGGAUUCCCUGGAUAAUAUCGUUAGCAACGCUGUUCCUGGGCGUCGACAGAAUACCAUCGUGGUGAAGGUACCAGGUCAGGAUGACAGUCACAAUGAAGAUGGGGAGAGUGGGUCAGAGGCCAGUGACUCUGUGUCUAACUGCGGCCAGCCGGGAAGCCAGAACAUUGGAAGCAACGUCACACUCAUCACCCUGAACUCCGAAGAGGACUAUCCCAAUGGCACCUGGCUGGGCGAUGAGAACAACCCUGAGAUGCGGGUGCGCUGUGCCAUCAUCCCCUCCGACAUGCUGCACAUCAGCACCAACUGUCGCACGGCUGAGAAGAUGGCACUGACGCUGCUGGACUACCUGUUCCACCGGGAGGUGCAGGCUGUGUCCAACCUGUCAGGCCAGGGCAAGCAUGGGAAGAAGCAGUUGGACCCCCUCACUAUCUAUGGCAUCCGGUGUCACCUCUUCUAUAAAUUUGGAAUCACGGAAUCUGACUGGUAUCGGAUCAAGCAGAGCAUUGACUCCAAGUGCCGUACAGCAUGGCGGCGGAAACAGCGAGGCCAGAGCCUGGCGGUCAAGAGCUUCUCCCGGAGGACGCCGUCCUCAUCCUCAUACAGUGCCUCAGAGACCAUGAUGGGUACCCCUCCACCUGCCAAUGAGCUGCAGCAGUCCCAGCCCCAGGCUCUACACUACGCGCUGGCCAAUGCACAGCAAGUGCAGAUCCACCAGAUUGGAGAGGAUGGACAGGUGCAAGUAAUCCCACAGGGUCACCUCCACAUUGCCCAGGUGCCUCAAGGAGAGCAGGUGCAGAUCACACAGGACAGUGAGGGCAAUCUGCAGAUCCAUCACGUUGGCCAGGAUGGACAGUCGUGGGGCCUGUGCCAGAAUCCCAUUCCUGUCAGCGGUGACUCAGUGGCCCAGGCUAAUCCCUCCCAGCUUUGGCCUCUGGGAGGAGACACACUUGAUCUGCCUGCUGGAAAUGAGAUGAUCCAGGUAUUGCAGGGUGCUCAGCUCAUAGCCGUGGCCUCUUCGGACCCUGCUGCUACAGGAGUAGAUGGGUCGCCUCUCCAGGGCAGUGACAUUCAGGUUCAGUACGUCCAGCUGGCACCUGUGAGCGACCACACAACUGCAGCACAGAACAGCUUUCUUUUGUCCCCCGCCUUGCAGACGGCUGAAGCGUUGCAGCCUACUCUGCAGCCCGAAAUGCAGCUUGAGCAUGGAGCCAUCCAGAUCCAGUGAGACCAGGCGCUGUAGGAGCCCCACCCCACAGCUGCUCACUGAUCCUCCCUGUGCCCUGCUCUUCUGCGGCAGCAGGGUAACUGCGGAUCCUGCAGGGCACAAGAGAGCUCCUCCUCCUGGGGAAGGGCCUGGCCACCCCUGCUGGAAGGCGCCUCAGGAUUGAGUCCCACUGCUGGUCUCUGGAGGAGAAGCAUAGUGCAGAACGUGUUGAGUACAUUCAGAAAAACAAGAACUACAAUAUUUUGUUUAAACAGCUUUUUUUAAUUUGCUAUGGUGUUUAUAACAAAAAAGAAAAUGGAAAAAAAAAAAACCCAAACCACACACAACAGAAACACAACUGUGGAGUAGCAGAAGCCUUGGCCGUGUGCUCCCUCCAGGGUCCCGACGUAGGUGUUGGAGCCAGCUGCCGAUGCUGGAGCCCUGCGGACCCGCUGCUAGGGGAGUGCUCCACAGUGUAAUUAUGCAUUUCUAAUGAAAUAAAGUGUAUUUAUGGCCACA